UCUCCCAGUCCCUCGACUUCCUACAACAAGGGUCAACAAUCCCUUUACCUAGUCCAUGUGAAUCAUAUCUCGAUUCCUAUGCCCAGUCCAUCCUACCGCCCCCUAUGGACGAUGACGAUGCUUCUCCGCAUACUCCACCAAGCGGGUGCGACAAUAUUGCCCCGAUCCUGAACUCUCCCACCGCCGUCUCCUCUUGCUCCGCCUCAACAUGCGCUCCUGAACUCUCCGACAGCACGCCGCUCGCUUCCGCCCACGCUAUCGUUCAUCUAAUCCAGUGCCCGCGAUGCUCACAACCGCUUCAGACGCCACUACGGCUGCCCUGCGGAAACGCGCUAUGCCGAUCUUGCCUCCCGCCGAUCCGCGACCGCCCGGGCAUCUCAUACCCCGCGAUUGAGGAGCGGAAACGCGGGUUUACAUGUUACUGGGAAUACGAGACUGGGUGCGAUGGGGAGCAUUGUGUGGGGGACUGUGGGAGCGACGUUUUGUUGACGAAAUUGGUGGAUGUCUUCGAGCGAGUCCUCGGUGGGUCGCCGCCAGCAGACACAGACACAGAUACAGACACAGAUACAAACACAGGCUGUUUAGCCGGGGAUGGUUUCAAGGUGAUGUGGGAAUCGGGGGUGGGAGGGCAAUUGCGGGAGAAGACGGUGACGGGUUUGAGUGGGGGGCGGGGGCUCCUCGAAGGCAUGUACGACCUUGUUCGACGGGGCCAGUUCGACUACGAUGCUUCUGGGGUUGAGUAUGAGUGUUGUGGGGACAUCGACCAGGGCGAGGAGUCUCUGCAGAGGUUGAGGGAGGCUGUGCGGAGCGAGCUGGACUGCCAGGUUUGCUACUCGUUAAUGGUGGACCCGUUGACCACGCCCUGUGGACAUACGUUCUGUCGCAGCUGCGUUGCCAUGGUGCGGAGCAACAGCGACCUCUGUCCUGUGUGCCGGCGCAAGGUGAACAUGGCUUCUUCGCUGGACUCGGAGCCCCUCAAUCAGCGGAUCUCCGCCCUCUUGGAGAUCCUGUUCCCGGACCAGCUUGCCGAGCGGAGGGCAGCUCUAGCGUCGGAGGCGGCGGACACGGACGGGGAAACGAAGCUGCCUCUCUUCGUGAGCUCGCUGUCACUUCCGAACAUGCCGACUUUCCUCCAUGUUUUUGAGCCGCGGUAUCGUCUCAUGAUGCGAAGGGUGAUGCUUAGUCCGUCGCGCAAGUUCGGCAUGGUGAUGCUCAACCGUGCGCGGCGUGUGCAGCCCGAGCUGGGAAGAUCGCAUUUUAUGCAGUACGGCACGGCCUUGGUGGUGGAUCGGUACGAGCUGCUUCCGGACGGAAGGAGCCUUGUCAUUGCCACGGGAGUGUCCCGCUUCAGGGUGACCAGGUCGACCGUUGUGGAUGGUUACCAUGUGGGAGACAUCCAGCGCGUAGAAGAUGUCUCGAUCACCGAGGAGGAGCGGCAGGAAGCUGUAGAGACGUCAUCCGCCGUUGCACCGCCCUCCGCAGGGGAUACACCAACGGAGAAUCCGUUAGAGUCCAUGUCGACGCAGCAGUUGUUCCAGUUGGCGCUAGACUUUGUCCGCCAGCAACGCGGCAAGGCCGCACCGUGGCUCCAUCCGCGCGUUCUACUAGCCUACGGAGAUGUGCCGAGCGAUCCUGAUCGGUUUCCCUGGUGGUUUGCCAGCGUCUUGCCCGUGUGGGAAGAAGAGAAAUACGCGCUUUUAUCGACAACUAGCGUGCGAGAAAGACAGAAAAUUACUGCCAAGUGGGUGAGGAAACUGGAGUCCCGGGAAUGGGCCCCCCGCUCUCGUCCGUCUCUAACGCCCCUCCUAUGGCUGGCCGUCCCCCUGGUUAUCUUCUGCUUUCUUCCUAUGGUAUUGGGCCCAUUGGCGUCAGUCAAGUCAUUGCCGUCUGUUAGCGUCCUCACGUCGUUCACGCCGUUUCCUCUGUCGGUUUCGAUCUCGUUUGGAUCAGCUGGCUCAGGGACCUCUGAUAGUCGCGAAGCUCGAGCGCAGGGCAAAAAAUCCGAGACCUACCUUUCCCAGACGGUCGUCCUGGGCGUGUUUUUGGCUAUCUUCGUAACGCAGGUCUUUGUCAAUGCCGUCCAGGUUGUCCGUUCUCGACGGCUAAGAGCCCAUCCUGCGCCGGCCCAGCAGCCGGAGAGGCCGGAAACUGAGGCCGAAAGACAGACACGGAUCAAUCUACAAGAAAUAUUGGGGAUUGACACUACGGAUUGAAGAUGCUUGGCAUUGGACUUUUGAAUAUUUUACGUCAAUUUUCC